CCGCCCCUGCGGAGCUCGGCGUUCGGGAGGCGCCGGGGUUUCUCUCAGACCCGGAAUGUGAGGCCUGGGGCUCGCCGCUGCCCUGCUGCCCGCCCGGCUCGCUCCGGGGCCCCGCGUCCGCCGCCGCCGCCCCGCCGCCCGUUCCCGGAGAGGCCCGGGGGGCCGUGCCCUCGUGUCCUGUGCCCGCGUGGCCGCCGCCGCCGCCCCGCCGAAUCCUCCGGGGCCGCCGACGAGUUCGCUACGGAGGGAGGCGGGGGCCUUCGGGAGGAGGCGGCGGAGGAGGAGGCGGAGGAGGAGGCAAGGAAGAUGGCGGCCGUGGAGCUCGAGUGGAUCCCCGAGACGCUCUACAACACCGCCAUCUCGGCGGUGGUGGACAACUACAUCCGCUCCCGCCGAGACAUCCGCUCUCUGCCCGAGAACAUCCAGUUCGACGUGUACUAUAAGCUUUACCAGCAGGGACGCUUAUGUCAACUGGGCAGUGAAUUUUGUGAAUUGGAAGUUUUUGCUAAAGUAUUGAGAGCUUUGGACAAAAGACACUUGCUUCAUCAUUGUUUCCAGGCUUUGAUGGAUCAUGGUGUGAAAGUCGCUUCAGUCUUAGCAUACUCAUUCAGUAGACGGUGCUCUUAUAUAGCAGAAUCAGAUGCUGCUGUAAAGGAAAAAGCCAUUCAGGUUGGCUUUGUUUUAGGUGGUUUUCUUUCAGAUGCAGGCUGGUACAGUGAUGCUGAGAAAGUGUUUCUGUCCUGCCUUCAGUUGUGUACUCUGCAUGAUGAAAUGCUUCAUUGGUUUCGUGCAGUGGAGUGUUGUGUAAGGUUGCUUCAUGUACGAAAUGGAAAUUGCAAAUAUCAUUUGGGUGAAGAAACGUUUAAGUUAGCUCAGACGUACAUGGACAAACUCUCAGAACACGGUCAGCAAGCAAACAAAGCUGCACUCUAUGGAGAACUCUGUGCACUUCUGUUUGCAAAAAGCCACUAUGAUGAGGCAUAUAAAUGGUGCAUUGAAGCAAUGAAAGAAAUAACAGCAGGUUUACCAGUUAAAGUUGUGGUGGAUGUUUUAAGACAAGCUUCUAAGGCUUGUGUUGUAAAACGUGAAUUUAAGAAGGCAGAACAAUUAAUUAAACAUGCUGUGUAUUUGGCAAGGGAUCAUUUUGGAUCUAAGCACCCAAAAUACUCAGAUACACUGCUAGAUUAUGGGUUCUACUUACUCAAUGUAGAUAACAUCUGCCAGUCUGUUGCAAUAUAUCAGGCAGCCCUUGACAUUCGGCAGUCAGUAUUUGGUGGCAAAAAUAUCCACGUAGCAACAGCUCAUGAAGACUUGGCUUAUUCUUCUUAUGUUCAUCAGUAUAGCUCUGGGAAAUUUGACAAUGCACUAUUUCAUGCAGAAAGAGCUAUUGGUAUCAUUACUCACAUCCUACCUGAAGAUCAUCUUCUUUUGGCUUCUUCAAAGAGGGUGAAAGCACUUAUUUUAGAGGAGAUUGCAAUUGACUGUCACAAUAAAGAAACUGAACAGAGGCUGCUUCAAGAAGCUCAUGAUUUGCACCUGUCUUCACUCCAGCUAGCUAAAAAGGCUUUUGGGGAAUUUAAUGUACAGACUGCAAAACACUAUGGAAACCUUGGAAGACUUUAUCAGUCAAUGAGAAAAUUUAAGGAAGCUGAAGAAAUGCACAUCAAAGCAAUUCAGAUUAAAGAGCAACUUCUUGGUCAAGAAGAUUAUGAAGUAGCCCUUUCAGUAGGACAUCUGGCUUCUUUGUAUAAUUAUGAUAUGAAUCAGUAUGAAAAUGCUGAAAAACUUUAUUUGCGAUCUAUAGCAAUCGGGAAGAAACUUUUUGGUGAAGGCUACAGUGGACUAGAAUAUGAUUAUCGAGGUCUCAUUAAACUUUACAACUCUAUUGGAAAUUACGAGAAAGUGUUUGAAUAUCACAAUGUUCUGUCUAACUGGAACCGGUUGCGAGAUCGGCAGUAUUCAGUGACCGAUGCUCUUGAAGAUGUCAACACCAGCCCCCAAUCCACUGAGGAAGUGGUGCAGUCCUUCCUGAUUUCUCAGAAUGUUGAGGGACCGAGCUGCUGAGGAGGACCUCAGCUAACUAAUUUACCUUUUCCCAGAUUCCAGGGAAUUCAUACUGUGAAAUCAAAACCAUGUUGUUUUUUGGGGCUGGAAUUUGCAUUGAAACACUGGUCCAGUCCAUUGGCCCUAUUUGGGUGAUCCCUAACUUGCAGAGUAUCCGUAGGAAUAAGCAUAUAUUCAGUUAUAUUCAGCAUGUAUCGCAUGUAUAAGUAGUCUGGCCCAUAUUUUCAACCUAGUAGAACAAACAACAGGAAAUCCUUUUUUUUUUUUCUUUUUAAAAAGUAAUUCAUUUUGCAGAAAGCCUGAAAGAAAAAAGAAUCCCUAAAUAAAACUAUUUAAGAGUUUAAAAGAGUUGCAUUCUUAUUAUGUAAGGAUGACUUUAACAUAUUUUUAACAUAAAAUUCUUCCAUGUGGAGGUAUUCAAUACUGUAUUGUAAAGACAUUUUAUGGGGAAAAAUCUUUGUAUGCAGUUUAGAAAAGUUAACACAGCUACUAACAGAAAAGGGACAUCCUGACUUAGAAUUGACCACCUGUUUCCCCAGAAAGGAAAUACAGCUAUACCUGUGCUGUAUUUCAAGGAAAGAACUGUCAGAUUCAUCUAAACUGGACCAGUGUUGAUCUGUAAGUAAGAGAAUAAGUGAUAGACCAGCAAUUUCAAUGCUUUGAGUUGUUGUUGGGUUUUUUUUUUUCUUGGUGGGAGGGACUUUUGGGGGGUUGGGAUUGUUUUUUGUUUUGGGGUUGUUUUUUUUUCCCCUUUGUUUUGGUACAACAAUGCAAGAUGCUCUGGUGGCAUUUGCUAACAGGACCAGGACGAUCUAAAAAGGACCAGCCUGAUGUAGAAAGGGGUUAGUUAUUUGGACCAGAGGCUUUAGAGUAUUAUUUUAGCCCCUACGUAUAGUUUUAUUAGAAUUAUUUCAUUUAGAUGUAUAAUGAAAAGUGAUGAUGCAAAAAUCAUACUCAUUUAAUAGGUGGUAAAUUAAGGAAAUUGGCAAUUUCUGUGGCAUAUCUUUCUUUAUUCAAGGUACACAGAUGGCAAUGCCAUAAGCAAGUCUACAGCUGCCUGCUGCAGCCCUCCCCCAUCAUUUUCAGUGUAACCCUAAUCAGCACUGUCACCAAGUAGAUGGCGAGGCAGGGAAGAGCUUGCGUGGGAUGGGGAUUUCAGAUUCCUGUGUGGUUUGUGGGCAUUGAUGGUAAAGUGAAUGCCCCAAAAUAAGCAGAUAUUCUUAGAAACCCUUCAUUUUUGUAAUAAAAGUAGAACAAGAGGUUAUCUUACUGAAAUUCAGUCAAAUGGAAAAAUCCCUAAUGAUCCAUUUAUCACACUAAUUUGUUUGUUUUUUAGCCAGUCAGGUUGUUUAAAGUUGAGGUAAUGCUCCAAUUUCAGAAGUUGUGACAUGUAGCAGUGGAAGAAACAAAAAGGUCUUUUUUUCUGUUACCUCAAUUCUUAUUAUAGUGGCCUAUAUGGUGCCUCUGUAGUUAAGAAUCAGGGUUUUCCCCCCUAUUUUCAGGGGUCCAUGACUUGGCUGUUAGAGUUGUUACUCCUGGCUGCUGUUGGGAGUGACAUGGGGUGAGUGACUGUGUGUUGAAUUUUAUUUUGUUUUGUUUUUAAUAUGCCUGUUGGAGUGGGAGGGGGAAAAUUUACCCAUCAAUAUUGAUUACAGAAAAUUGAGAAUUUCAGAUGAGUUUAACUUUAAAUACUUUUUUUUUAAUUUCCCAGAUAUGAUCUUUUAAAAAAAAUAACUAUUAUUUGCAGUCUGAUUAGUUGUAAACCAGUGUUUGUUAAGUCUAAAGAUGGGAUUGAACGGGAUAGGUAUCUAAUGACAUAAAGCAAGCCCAGAUCUGUGAUUUUGAAACCUUGGUUUAUUCCAUAAAUUAGAUUUUUUUUUUAAAAGAAAAAAGCUUUUUAAAGAGCAUACUUGCACACCUCCCUAUGUCUCCCAGAUAGUUACAGUCUAAUGCAAGAGGCACCUCUUCAUUAAUUACCAAAUAGUCUGUGUGACCAAGGACUAAUAAGUUACUUAGCUCUAUCCUCAUGGGCCUAUAUAUAUAAUACCUCCAAAGAUAUUUUCAGGGUAGGCUUUGUAAACUUUUGUUAUUUAGAGUCCUGUGGUAUGUUGUGGAUAGGAACGUCAUGGUAAAAUGAAUUGUUUUUCAAUAAAUAUUUUUUGAAACUUACGUUUCUAUAUGAAGUUUUUGGGUUUUUUUAAUUACUUUUUUUUUUUGGUGUGUGUAUGUGUGUGUGUGUGUGUGUUUGUGCACAUAAAGCAUUUCCUAGAAUAAAACCAAGCAAAUGACUUAAGGCCAUCCUCUAAUUCAGUUUGUAUUCAACUAAGCUCACACUCAGUGCUAAACUAACAUAUUUAGAAUCACAGGGCAGUUUAAAAAAAAAAAAUCAUUGGAAAUUUCCCUCAUUACCAUUGCUUUAACUUACUUUUCUGUAAUACAUACCUUAGGAUUUAAUGUUAACACGAGGUUGAGAAAAGAAAUUGCCAGUUUCUGUUAGUGAUGUUUUUUAAAUAUGCUAUUUCUAGUUCUAAUGAAAAAUAAUACCCGUAUAAUUUAAAAUAUGAAAUUGAUGUAGUGGAGUUUACAGUAAGUUAAGUGAAUGUCACCAUAAUUUUAUGAGAUUAGGGAAAAUCUCAUAGGAAGAAUGAAAUUUACCUCACUAUAGCCAUUAGCUUGCACAGAAUGUUCACCUAAAGUGUGAUUGUGUGUAAGGAGACCUACACCAAUAAACAGAAUUUUCUGAAAGCUUAGCAAAUUUAUGUUAAUUAACAGGGCUAAAAGCCUUGCCCUUUUCUAAGUUUCUUAUUUUUUUCCCAUCUUAACCCAUCUUUUUUCCUAACAUGGUGCUACUCAUACGUGAGUGCAUCAGUUAAUUGUUAGAACUCUCAUGAGCCAACAGCUGGCUGUCACUCCUUCCUUGAGUUUAAGAAUGCAGAUUGGGUUCUUAGGGGUCCUAGAAGCUGACUUUGCCUGGAACAUUAGAAUUCUAAUCAAAGUCUGUCUGCUUGGUUAAAAAUGAAAUAAGUUUCUUUGUAGUACAAGUGUGCUUUCAUUUGUGAAAAUAAAGAGAUGUGACAGCAAUCUUUGUUCCUAGCCUAUUGGAAAGGGAUCGUAAUUUUGUGAAAAUUAAGUACACAAUCUAUAAUUUUAUAGAGUGCUGUUUGGUUACUCAUAGAGUAUAAAUAAAAUGCUGAACGGUAAACAUACUUAAAAUACCUUUGAAGCUUUUGCCAUACUUUACAAAUUGAAGUAAUGGUUUGCUAGCUAGCAGGUAUUAACUGCCACUCUUUUUCUUUUUCUUUUUUUUUUUUUUUUUGCCCAAAAUUUGUAGCCUUGCUGCUUCCAAGCUGUUCUUUUUUUCUAGAUGGCAAAGUUACUACUGGAAAAAUACUUAUUUAUAAGUAUAAACUUUAAGAGUUUUAUUUUGCUUUAAGAAUUAAUGUCUGUCUCCCCUUGGUUUUUAAAGAACCUUAGUUUGUAGGAAAUUUUUUUGUCCUUUUCCUUUUAAUCUGUCAUAUGGAUUAAUCUCCAAUUUAAACACUAGUAGUUUGUAUUGCCCACAAAUCUCAGGAAUGUUUUAGGCAGAAAACUGGUCUUACCCUGUUGGUGAUCGGAAGGAGUGUGCUUUAAGAUUUAUUAAGUAACCCUUUCAUUUCAGUUCUAGGUAACUAUAGCAUGAGUGGCCUUGGUGAGUUUGUUGAAGUGCACAUUUUUUUCAAAAGUAAAAUUUAAGAUUAAAAAUAUAUGCUCUAUAUAAAUAUCUAGAAACUUGGUUGUGGUGCACAAGUCCAGUGUUGGGUCAGUCAAUAACUGUUGCAGGUACCAUUUGUGUAACAUUACUCAUUUCUGUAUAUUCCUUUUAUGGAAUAUGUUGCCAUGGUAAUUAAAACUGAUUUUGUUCUACUUUUAUGAUGUGAAUGAAUGCUACGUUUUAUUAAAUAUUACCAGGUCAGUACUAUUUUUAUACUUUGUUAAGCAACUGGGGAUUUUAAUUUAAUAGACUCAAAAGAAAAAGCUCUAAAUGACACAAAAACAAGUCACUAACAACUCUACAUGAAAAUCCCCACUAAUAAUAGUGCCAUAGUAAUUUCUAUAGAAAUACCUAAGUUCAUUGAUAGAUUUUUGAAGGCAGUUCUUCAAUGUGUCAGAAUGACCUUUCCUGUCAUCCUUAUCACCAACUUGUAGUGCCCACCAUUACUUGUAACCAUUAAACCAUUGUUUGUAACCAACAUUGUGAUAUAUAUUCUGUACUUGUAUUGCUAAAAAUGAACUAUUGACCUAAUAAAUAAUAGUGUUCCUGCAAUAA